AUGUUCGUCGCGCCGCGCCAGAAGCCGACGUGGAGCGAGUGCCGGCCCUGGCGCGACGUGCGCGUGCGGCGCUGCGGGUCCUGCGGCCUGCGGCUCCUGCAGCGCCUCGACCCGGCGCCGGUGGUCUGCGCGACGCUCCUCGUCGUCGAGGUGCCCGAGUCCGUGGUCCUCGAGGAGCUGCUCGAGUCCCUGGAGUGCCGCGACACCUGGGUCGGCGGCCUCGAGCGCGUCUCCGAGAUCGGGCGCCUGGGCAGCGCGCGCUACGCGGUGCUCCUCGACGUCGCGGACGCGCGGACGCUCGCGGCGUGCGGCGCGGCGCUCGCGGCGGCGACCGUGCGCGUCGGCGACGCGUCCGCGCCCUGCCGCGUGCUCGCCGUCGACGCGAGCCGCUUCGAGGCCUUUGGCGACGAGGAGAAGUUCGGCGGCGGAGCGGUACGAGAGCUGCCCGCGUGCGGCGCGUGCCUCGACCGCCUGGACCUCGAGGACGCGAGCCUGGGCGUGGACCGGGGCGGCCCGCCGUCGGCGCCCUGGCCGGGGACGCCCUGCGGCGCCUGCGCGGCCGUGGCGCGGCGCGCGGGCGGCCUGGCCGUCGAUCGGUGCGGCGUCUGCGGCGACCGGCGGUCCGUGUGGGCGUGCCUCGUCUGCGGCACGCUGGGCUGCGGCCGCUACGCCCGGGAGCACGCCAAGGGCCACUACGCGGCGACGCGCCACGGCUUCGCGCUGGAGCUGGAGACGGGGAGAAUUUGGGACUACGUCGAGGACCGCUACGCGCACCGCGUCGACGACGACGACGUCGCCGCGUCGGGUGCGCCCUGCGGCGGCUGCGGCCCCGCGGCGCCGGCGGACCGCAAGUUCGGCGCGCUCGCGGACCACUACGAGCGCAUCCUCGAGGCCCAGCUCGCGGAGCAGCGGGCCCACUACGAGGAGCGGCUCGCCGCCGCGGACGCGGCCCGGGCCGCGGCGCUCGCGGCGACGGCGAAGCGCGCCGGCGCCGUCGACGACGCGCGGCGGCGGCUCGACGACGCCAGGGCCGACGCCGCCGCGCUGACGGCGCUCGCGGCCGCGCGGACGGGCGAGCUCGUCGGCCUCCGCGCGCGCCACGACGCGCUCGCGCGGCGGGCGGCCGACGCGCGCGCGCGGGCCGAGGCGACGCGCGCCGCGGCGGACGCCGUGCGGAGCGACACGCGGGACACCAUCGAGGCGCUCCGGGCCCAGCUCCGCGACGUCGACUUCGCGCGCCGCGCGCGGAGGCAGCUCGCGGACGAGGCCGCGGACGGCGGCACGCUCCUCGUCGCCCCCCUCGUGAUGGCCGCGGCGUGCCAUCCGUCGCGGUCGGCGCCGCCGCCGCCCGGCGCGCCGGCCGUGGCCGUGGCGACGCCGUCGACGUCCGGCAUGCAGCGCGCCGAGGACUUCGCCGUGGAGCAGGCCAUGCGCCUCGAGCAGGAGGUCAUCAACCUCAAGAGCCAGCUCGCCAUCGAGCGGCGCCGCGGCCUCCCGGCCGAGAGCGCGAAGCACGAGCGCGAGGUCGCGGCCCUGCGCGCCGAGAUCGGCCGGCUCAAGGCGGCGCGCGCCGGCGACGACGAGGCCGACGCGCUGCGGGCCGAGCUCGCGCGGCUCCGGGCGGCGCCGCCCGCGGACGGCGCCGUCGCGGGCGCCGCGGGCCCGCCGCGGGACGCCGAGGACCUGAGCCGCGAGGUGCUCAACGGCCGCAAGGAGAUCCGGCGCCUGCGGCGCGAGCUCGAGGACCACGAGGUCUACCGCCAGGUCACGGACGCGGCGCUCGCGCGCGCGCGGUCGGACCUCGAGGCGCUGACGUCGCAGCGCGACGAGGCGCAGAAGGAGGCGCGCCGCGCGACGCGGCUCUACCGCGAGCGGCGCGACCGCGACCGCCGCGCCAAGGAGGACGAGCUGCGCCGCGAGGCCGCGGCGGCGAAGGACGAGAAGCCCGCGGCCGCUCCGAGGGACGCGGGGCCGCGCAAGGUCGUCGUCAAGGUGCGCAAGCAGGGCGGGCGGCCCCGGGCGCCGCCCUGGGAGGAGCAGGCCAUCCUGACCGUCGACGCGUCGACCUACGACGACCUGCGGCGCCGCGCGGACCGGGGCGAGGCGGACGCGGCCGUCGCCGCGGCCCGGGCCGACGGCGCCGCGGCGGACCACGCGCGCGAGGUCGCGCGCCUCCACGGCUCCUACCGGGCGGCGCUCAAGGGCCUCGCCCGCGACGUCGAGGCGCUGCGGGAGGCCGACGCGGCCAAGUGCGCGGCCCUCGCGCGCGAGACGGAGACGUACCGGACGCUCCUCGACGCCGCGAACCGCGCGGCCGCGGGCCGGGACGCGUCGCCGGCGCCCCGGGGCGGCCGGAGCCCGCCGCCGCCCCAGUACCCCUUCGUCGGCAACCGCCGCACGCCGCCGCCGGGCCGCAAGCCGGCCUUCGUCGACGACGACGCGGACGAGUCCCCGCGGCCGCGGCACCUCGCGCCGACGGCGUCCGCGCGGAGCCCCUACCUCGCGCCCCAGCUCCGCAAGAAGCCGGCGAACCACCCGCAGAACCGCGCCGCGAAGAAGCGACCAACGAACGGCGGGUUUAAGGGCGUGCCCUUGGAGGACUACGCGAGCGAGCAGGCGAAGAAGGGCGCCCGGCCCAAGAGCUCGGUGCUGACGCCCGAGCGCGUCUCGACGGGCCUGAGCCCCGUGCCCGAGGACGCCUCCAGCCGGCAGCUCGACGUCGGACCCGUGGGCGUGUCGCGACCCGCAGACGACGACGACGACGACGACGCGGCCUCGAUGCGGAGCGGCGCGUCGCGGGCGUCGAGCGCGACCUACUCCGUGGCCUCGCUGGGCUCCGUGAUCUCGAGCGACGACAUGGUCACCGUGCGCGUCCGCGAGCGGCGGACGGGCCACAUGCGCGAGUACCACGUCGUGGCGAAGUACGCGCAGGACAGCGGGAAGACGACGACUCGCAUGAAGGCGCGGUACCGCGCGUCGCAGACGUCGCGCCUCGGGCAUCGAUAUCGCGAGGAUCUGGGGUCCCUGGGGCGCGGGGGACAUCGACAGUCGACGCGCGCGCCCGCGAGGCGGCCCUCGCGGGAGCCGCUCCCCGCGCGGCGGCCCCCGGCGGAGCGGGGCCUCCUGGACACGCUCGUCGGCUACGGGACCACGGUCCUCUCGGCGCUCGGCAGCCGAGGCGACCGCCCGACCUAA